AAACUGCAUAGCGAUCAUGUGAUGAACGAAACCUUCAUCUAUAUCUCGCCGUUUUGUAACUUCUUCCUGUUUUGAUCAAGAAUGUUUGCUUAUUGUCGUCUAUUUCUACUGCAAGAGAUCAGCUGAGACCUGAGUUAUAUAUGAUUGAUCAGACACUGACUGAUAAUUUCGGCGAAGAAAAAAGAAGGCAUCCAGAUGUGUCUAGUCUCUACUCUAGAGUAGACGGUAGACUUUUUAACUUCCUCUUUUCACGAGUAUUUGUCACUAGACUACUUUACUGAGCUGAGCUGAGGAGCUGAGCAGGCAAGAAAAUAGAUACUAAGAUGGGCGCUAUCACAGUAACUGCAUCACUUCAUAUAUCGUGUAUCUUUCUUGUUUUUGCUUUUCUACAGCAAGGGUCUUUUGCUGUUUACUUAGGUCAAAAUGAUUCAUUGAACUUUAUGGUACUCGCUGACUGGGGCGGCCAAUCAACUUCCCCGUUCGUCACACCCUGUGAGGUGAAUGUGGCAAAGCAGAUGGGGAUUUUAGCGUCAAGUUACGAGUCCCAGUUUGUCCUUGCGCUAGGGGACAACUUCUACUACUUUGGGGUUUCUAGUGUUGACGAUCCUCGUUUCAAUGAAACAUUCGAAGAUGUCUUUACAGCAGAUUCUCUGCAGGUUCCUUGGUAUUUGGUGGCGGGGAACCAUGACUGGCACGGCAGUGUUCAGGCUCAGAUAGACUACUCCAAGGUGUCCAAGAGAUGGAACUUUCCCUCUUUCUAUUACACGCUGCGCUAUCAGAUACCCUCCAGCCAGGAGACGGUCACUUUCAUCAUGAUCGACACCGUCAUGCUGUGCGGGAACACCGACGACUCCGACGUGCUGCAGCAACCGACGAAGCCCAAAGAUCUGCUGAUGGUAACAGAGCAGUUUGCCUGGAUUGAGGAUCAGCUGAAGGCAACCAUGAAUGACACCUACGUCAUCGUUGCAGGACACUACCCCGUAUGGUCAAUCGCAGAGCAUGGUCCAACAGAUUGCCUCGUCAACGGUCUACGACCAAUGCUGAUUAAGUACAAUGUGAGCGCUUACUUCAGCGGUCAUGACCACAACCUGCAACACAUCAAGGAAGACAACUCCAGUGUGGAAUACUUUGUGAUUGGAUCGGCUCACGUGGUAGAUUCUUCGGUGGCUCACAAGGCAGAUGUGCCAGCCCCCUGGGUGAAGUUCCACUAUGCUGACCAGGCUAGCCUGGGAGGGUUUUCCUACAUGGAAGCAACACCGUCGGGAAUGGACUUUACCUUUGCUGAUGGCAGGGCGGGCAAAAGUCUGUACCAUGCAACCAUCAAACCAAGGAUGUAGAACUUUCUGUCAUGAGGUUAAUCCUAACUACAGUCAAACUUGUCUAUAGCGACCACCCAAGGGAAACACAAAAAGUGGCCUUUGUAGACAGGUUCCUUUAGUAAAUGAUUCAAUGAGAAAC